UUGACCUUUUUUCUCGGGUCAUGACCUCGUGGUGGAGUGGAAAUCAUUUCUGAAGACAAAUCGGGCUGCUAAAAAUCUACAAGAACAACAAAAUAUACGACAGCGGGAACUCAGUUAGUAGCCGACCAUGGCAGACAGGCAUAUACUUGGACUGAGUCAGGAAGUGACGCUAGCCGUCCUUCCCAGACUGCACCUGGAGGAACUAGUCCUGGAGCUGGGCAGGAGAAACAUCCAGAGGGACGGACAGACAGACAGGGCUGACACACAGACAGACAACAUGUACAGGACCGAAUUGGUGAAGGAACUGUCAGCUGUGAUGAUGAGGGAAUACCAGGGGGCUGUUGUCAAGGUAAUGACGGAAACACAAGGUUCUUCUCAAAACACAACGUUUGCCACCAUAGAAAAUGAUGGUCAAAAAUCUCAAAACACAAUGUCUGUCACCAUAGAAAAUGAUGGUCAAAAUGGUCAGACAAAAAGCGUUCAAAGCUACUCUCAGCAAGGAGUCACCAGUGGGGUGAUAGAAAUUGAAACACAGCAGCAGACCGAGCUACAGUCUGUUGAAAGUUUUGCAGGAGAAUGUGAAAGUGACAAUGAAUACGAUCCAUUCACUCUGGAAAACUACGCCACUGAAAGUAGCAACAGUCCCAAGGUCACUACUGUUGAACCGGACUCGUCAAAAGAUGACAGAAUGGAUGUUGACAGAACGCAGCCGUCUGACGAUGCAAGUAGCAGUUUGGUACAAGAUAUAGAUAUGAUUCUCAAAGAGGUGCAGCAUACUGAAUUACAAGCAAAACCUGCAGAAUGUGAGGAGGAAAUGGACCUUAUCCCAAUAGAAACUACCUGUACAGAAACUUUGGACAGCACAGUUGAUGCUACAGAACAAUUGGAGAUGUCAGAGCAGUCUGAAACACAAAAGGACAGAAUUUCUACCAGUGACAAAGCUGAACUUUUGGAAAAGGCGGCAUCCUUUCAAAUAAAAACACAUGGCAUGGAGAAAAAACAGAAAGAAAACACAACAUGCAGCUAUGAACAGAAAGACCAAGUGAAGGAAAAAAGACGGGUCAUUACAAAAAAGCAGAAACAAUAUGUGUGUGAUACAUGUGACUAUGUUACAUCGUCAAAGAAAUGCCUUGUUGUCCACAUCAGAAAACACACUGGUGAGAAACCGUACAAAUGUUCGGAAUGUUCGUACGCCGGAACGAGCAGUAGUGCGCUGUUAAAGCAUCGGGCGCGCCACAGAGACCAGGAGGAGAAACCGUACAAGUGUACGCAGUGCGAUUACGCAGCUGCCGCCAAGAACAGCUUACAGUGUCACAUGGGGUCAAAACAUGGCGUUUUCAGCUUCGUGUGUGAAGUAUGCGGCUUCAGGUCGGGUACAGUAGGAAACCUGAACAGGCACAUGGCAACGCACACCGGUGUGAGACGCUUUAAAUGCCCACACUGUGACUAUGCUGCAGCAGAGAAGAAGACUCUCACAAGCCAUAUUAAGGCCAAACAUACCGAGAACAGAAUCAAGCCGUUCGCUUGCGAUAAGUGUCCAUUCACGGCACAGGAAAAGAGUGAUCUAACACGCCACUUGAAACGGCAUGAGAGGAAGAAAAUUCACCAGUGUACGCUCUGUGAUUUCUCGUCUUACACCAAGUGUGGGUUGAAAACACACCAAGCUGAACACAAGGGGGGACCAAUAUUCUCCUGUGACCUUUGUUCAUAUAAGACAUAUCAACAGCAUCUUUUGACUAGACAUAAUUUGGUACGGCAUGCAGGAACAAGCAGCAGUAGUGUGCCGAUAAAGAAUCGGCCUCGUCACAGGGAGGAGAAACCGUACAAGUGUACACAGUGCGAUUAUGCGACUGCCGCCAAGGUCAGCUUACUUUGUCACAUGGGCUCGAAACAUGGCGUUUUCAACUUCGUGUGCGAAGUAUGCGGCUUCAGGUCUGCUACAAUUGGUAACCUGAACAGGCACGCGGCAACGCACUCUGAUGUAAAACGUUUCAAAUGUCCCCACUGUGAUUAUGCUGCAACCGAGAAAAAGGCUGUCAGAAGGCACAUUACAUCCAAGCAUACCGAGAACAGAAUCAAGCCGUUCGCUUGCGAUAAGUGUCCAUUCACGGCACAGGAAAAGAGCGAUCUAACACGACACUUGAAGCGGCACGACAAGAAGAAAAUUCACAAGUGUACGCUCUGUGAUUUCGCGUCUCACACCAAGUGUGGGCUGAAAACACACCAAGCUGAACACAAGGGGGGACCAAUAUUCUCCUGUGACCUAUGUUCAUAUAAGACAUAUCAAAGAUAUCUUUUGAUUGGGCAUAAUUUGUCAAGGCACAAAAUUAAUAUGAAAUAAGUAAUAUUUGUAGUAUUUUGAAAUCUUUUCUUUGUUAGUAAGUAUGUAAAUAGCAUUAUUACUGUUAAAAUCCGCCAUCCAACAUACUUCAAAAUCAAAUUUAAUAGGAGUACAUUUGUUACUUUUCAAGUGUGGUUUGUCACUUACAUGUGUAUGUCCCUAAAGCAUACAACAGGACAGCACUUUAGUAUGAUUGAAAAGCUAUAAAUUCAACACUAUCUGUGUAAUUAAGUACAGUGUACAAGUAUUGUUUGGACUUCCACCCUCCACAAUAAAUAACAGCUGUAGACUCAGUGAUUGUGCAAUUUUAUUACUCAGUGACAGAGCUGUAACAUUUGGAAAGUACAACAUGCAGAUUUUGUGUUCAAAGUUAUAUGUGUUGAAACUUUAUCCCCGUGCUUUCCAGAUACACAUAUAUUAGAAUUGUUUCUUUUAACGCAACCUGAGCGCAUUGAAUUAAAAAAAAAAACACAGUGAAGCAAUCUGUG